AAAGUAGGAAGUAAAAACAUAAAAAACACGGGUAUCAUUCAUCGAUUCAUCUUUAACUUAUUAUCAAAUGAAAUGGUGGAUCUAAUGUUUUUUAAUCACUAAUUUGAUUAGUAUCCAGUGAAUCGUAGGUUAAAUAAAAAUCUGGUUGUGUUUAGCUAUUAUACACUAUGUAUUUUUUACGAUCGGUGUUCCCAUCAAUUAAACAAGUUUUAAGUGUACAUCAGAGCAUACCUAUGAUGAGCUAUAUCGGACAGGCUUGUUGGAGGAAUGGCUUUCACUCGGUUGCCAAUACCGCACAGUGCUCCAGUAUCCUGUCCAGGCUCAAUGGUCUCGCAGGGACAGGAGCUCCGGGGGGUUCCUGGUCGCUUAUUUCUGUCAGAAACAAUAUCCGAAACAACUUCCCACGGCCUAGUGAAGUGAAGAGACAGAGGUUGAACUUCUGGAACAGAAUGAAGACGAGGGGUGGCCGUGCUGUCCUCAUGAGACGAUAUCUUAAAGGGAGGCAUGUCCUGUCUCAUUAGAAUGUUUUGUGUAAUUAAUCCUUGUUAUCAAUAAAUUAGGCUUAUUGUGA